UAGUAAUAACUUAGCUUUCGGCAAGUAAACAUGUUGAACUCUAAAGUUGCAUUUUUGUUUCUUAUUUUAAACAUUUUUAUUGUUAAUAUCAAUGCAGCUACAUGGUUUUAUGAGAACACAAAUAAAACAGUCUGUGAUGUCACUGGAAAGUGUGAAGACUAUUGUAAUGUCGAUGGACAGCUGAUUAAACCCGGCGAAUCAUUCAAGACAAAGGAUUGUUCAGAAAUUAUCUGUUCAAAAGAUUUCACAGCUCGUGGCGUUACUUGCGGUAUUGCAAUUGAAGAUGGAUGCAAAAUGGAACCAGAUUUCACAUUAGAAUAUCCAGAUUGUUGUUAUAAAAUCUGUGGAGAGAAAGUUGAAUAAAAAAAGAGAAUUUCUGAAUCUUU